AUGCUGCGGGCGGCUCUGUCCAUUCUUGGUGUGAUUUACCUUGCCUCAACGGCCGUCCAGGCGCAAAAAGCCAACCGGACACUUAUUUUCGCCAAUGUUGUGAGUUUUGCCUCUCAAAAAAAACCAAAAAAGCUGGUUUUUUUUUUCAGCUUUUCCGCCACGGUGCACGCGCCCCAUCGGCUCAAUUCACAAACGCCUCUUAUGCGGAAAAAUUUCCUCGCGGGCUCGGCGAGCUCAGUGACGUGAGCCCAAUGAUCAAAAAUUGAGCCGUUUGCCUUUUUUUCUAGCAAGGAAUCGAAAACUCGUACAAGUUGGGAAGAUUUUUGGGAGUUCGGUAUGUCGACAGCGGAUUCCUCAAUAAGAAGCUCAUUUGCAAGGAGGUUUGGAUUUAAUUUAUUGCGCUAAAAAGAGUAAAAAGUUCUAGCUUUUUAUUUUUGAUAAAUUUCUUAUCGUUUCUGACGUUUUUAAACACAUUUUACCCCUGAAAAAUCUGGUCGAAAUACAAAACGAGAUCAGUAAUAAACAGUAAAACGAUUCAAUGGUACCAUAUCGAGAUUGGUUGACUUUUCAAAAAUCUAUUUUUUCUCAGACCUCCUCUUUAAAGGACUUAUGAAACAGUUUUUUUGAUCCUAGAUGUACUUCCGAUCGGUAAAACUAUCGAGAUGCCUGAUGACAGCGGCGAUUGUCGGCUCGGCAAUGUUUGAAGGACACGGAAAAAACCUUCAUGUUCCUGUUCUCACGGAAGAAACUAACGAAAACGUGAGUUUAACUAUUGUCUGCUUUUUUUUUUUGAUUCUUUGGUCUAACCGAAAAAAAAAAAUUGUUGCGAUUUUUCUGCCCACGUGACUAUGUUAGAAAUGAGGUCACACCAAAAACGGACGUGAAGACGUCUGACUAUGACCAAAUCGUGAAAACGUGAAAACACGUGUGACCAUCUUGAUGUCAUGCUUCUUUAUAGAGAAGUAAAAAAAAUCGGGUUUGAGAUGAAUUGAGAAAAACGCCACAACAGUGAUUUUGUGCAUACAUGGGCGAUUAUCGAAGGAAGUCAGUCCGCGAGGCUUACAUUUAAGAAAUUUUCUAGAACGGAGAGGGGUCGGCGGACCUCGAAUCGGGUCUGCCCAUUUGUGAUUUUGUGGUAGAGUUGCUAUAUUUGUAAAACGAUGCAGUACUCAAUUUUUCGGAAUUAAAUAGCGUUUUGCUAUAAAAAUACACAUAUAUGUACUUCUUACACUGCUUGACAGACAAUGAAAAGCUCAGGAUAUUUUCAAUCAAAUUCCAUUCAAUCUUCAUACACCUUCAACUUGAAAAAAGAGAAGUUUCAGUUGCUCAACUACGACAUGCACAGUUGUGUCCGAGAGAAGGAGCUUCUCCAGGAGAUUUGCCCCACUUACAACAGCUUCGAUGAGCACAAAAGUGUAAGUUUGUAUUUUACUUUACUACGAAUUGAAUAGCUGUCAGAAAACAUUCUUUUUCGGAAAUUUUUGGACAAAAUCGUUGAGUUUUUUUUUUCAGUGGCCUCUGUUCGAAGACUUUGUGUACAACUGCCUGAACAUCAGCAACCCAAUCUUUGAUAAAUAUCCGUUCAAAACCAUCGAAGCCUACAUUAAUCAGGUAACAUAAUAAUGAUGUUCUUUCAACUAAAGAGGGGUUUAAAAAGUCUUUUUGAGUCCGCUAUGAAUUGUGAGCAAAAAAGGUCGAAAAGCUUCAUAAUUUCUCAAAAAAGGUAACACUUUUCCAGUUCCUCUGAACCAAAAUCAGAUGCUCUUGUGAAUUGAGCCUUUUAAAAAACGGCUUGUAAAGCUUCAUAAUCCCUCGAAAAACCUUUCAGCAUUUUCUAGGCCGAAAUUAUGCAAUAGAACAGUCUUUUUAGUUUUUUCUAAUGAGACAUUUCCAUUAUCUUCCGAGUUUUCAAAAAAUGAGUUUCAGUUCAAAAACGGCAUCGCACUGCCAAAAGUUCUUGCCGAUAAUUACGAUACCGUGAUGAAGACUUACACACAGGUAAUCACACAUUGUUGUUUUCCCCACAGAAUCCGAAAUUCCAGGUUGGCCACUUCAUAACCGGAACCGGCAUGUACCACGAUCCUAGGAAAAUGAGAAUGAAGGUAGCUUGAAAUUAUCCAAAAAAAUAAUGCUGCUUUUUUUCUAGUUCGGCAACCUCAUGAUGGCCUUGAUGAAGAAUGUCAAGUGAGUUGAAUUCUCUAAGAUUCCAACUAAUAGUAGAGUUUUCUAGAAACCGCUGGAGCUGCUAUAAAAACGGCAAGAACUGCGCACACAAGCUCCGACGAUUUGUCGCCUAUUCGACGGUAAAACAUGACAAAGAUUUCAAAUAUCGCUUUAUUUUAAGCAAGACUGGAUUCUCAGCGGCGUUAUGGAAUCGUUGGGAGUUCUGAACUCAACUGUCACCUAUACCAAGUACCCGGAAUACAACUCGAUGAUUAUCAUCGAAAUGUAUGACAAUGGUGGGAAACCGGAGAUCAAGGUGAAAUAUUCCCAAAAAAAAAAAUAGGAAUUUUUGGUUCAGAUGUUCUACAAGAAAGAUGAGGUGAUAACAGCGGAGAAUGAGAUGCUGGACGUGACCAAAUUGAUCCGAAACUGCCCGAAAGAUCAAGAUUACUGCCCUCUAGAGGUAAUUUCGAAUUAUACGUAAUUGAUUUGAAAAGACUGUUUCCGGAAUUCUAUGAGCUGAAAUAUUUUUCUAGAUUACAUAUCUUCAUGAAUUCCAGAAGUUUGUGAGCUGCUGCGACGACUACCUAGAAUACGUUCCCGGCGCUUCGUGCCUCGGCCAGAAUUCGGACGUCCUAGAAGAAGGCAACUCUCUCAAAAGGAAACGCCGAACCAAGCGCUACGCUGGCUACGAAUAA